AUGAUGCGACGGAUGGCCUGUGUGCGGGCAGGGGCAGUGGCGGCAGGGGUGGGCCCGCGCGGCUACUCGUCUCGGGCAGAGCGAAUUCGCCGGCAGGAGUUGUUUCUCCGUCAGCUGCGUCGCCUCAUCAUUCCGGGAUUUUUAGCGUAUGGCAUGUUUGUUGCGCGGCCGCAGGAGGGACACUUUAUCCGCUACCUGGCGGAGCGGCGCCACCAUCAAGUGGACUUCAACCACCUUUUCCCCCCACUACCGGUGAUGGGGGUGUCAGAAGAGCGGGCUGCAGCAGGAGCAGCAGGCGGAGGUGGAGGUGCACUGCGGGCGCAGGAAGGUGAUGCGACUUGCCAGGGCCCCGUCGGGUGGAGGUGGGUGGGCUGGCUGCGGAGACACACACCUGGUGGCGGCGGUGGAAACGACGCAGCUGACGACGAGGCGCGGCUAGCGCGCAGGCGACUGCUGUUUGCGCGGGAGCGGGCGUACUCCGCUGACGGCGGCGAGGUGUUCCGUCCAAUAGACGCGAUGCAGCGGGCGGAGGAGUUGGCGUCACGGCGAGAGCACCCACCAAUGCACCUUUUGAGUGAGCAGCUGCAGGAACUUAUGAAGGCGUCCAAGGCGUAUGCGGUCACCGGGGCAGUUGAAGGCUCAGAUCUCAUGCCUGUGCGUUUGGAGUUUCGUGAUUGGAUUUUCUUUGCAACGGCGGGUGUGGUGCUUACAGACAAGACAGGUAAAUCCGUGCGUCGUCUGCGCUUUGUUGGUCUCUGUGGGAUGAUGUGGUGGGAGUUGUAG